AUGGUGGAGGAAAUCUGUCACAUUUGUGACGAUCGUGCCACCGGCAAGCACUAUGGUGCCAUCAGUUGCGAUGGAUGUAAAGGAUUCUUCCGCCGAAGUAUUCGAAAACGUCACAACUAUGUGUGCCGAUUUAAUAAAUGCUGUGAUGUCACAAAAAACCAACGCAACGCAUGCCGAUCUUGUCGUCUACAGAAAUGCAUUGAAGUUGGAAUGAAGUCAAACGCGAUUCAAAACGAACGCGAUGCUAUCGGUAAGCGACGAAAACCGGAAGCGGAAACGGAAGAAUUGCUCGACGGCUUGUUGAAAUCGGAGAAACUCUGCCAGCAGUUGAGGAGUUCCGUGAUCAAAAGCACUGAGCAGGUAUCCUACGACUGUGGUAAAGUAAAGACGUGGCGAAUUGAAGACGAUCGUCGAGCGACACUGGACGACGUCGGCAAGAGCAUCCAUCAGCAACUCGUGCUACUGGUCGAAUGGGCGAAAUCACUGCCACAGUUCACCCGCCUCUCAAUGGACGACCAGGCAGCACUGCUGAAAGCGACAGCUGCGCAAAUCAUCAUUCUUGGUGUGGCGUAUCGAUCGCUGUCGUUGGAGAACUCGAUUUGUCUUGCCAACGACACCCUCAUUCCCAAGGAACAUGCUGCGAAUAUUGGUGACAUCAAUAGGGAAAAUGCAAAGGAGACAAGUCAGACGUUCUUCAGUUGUGUCGUUGGACGAAUUAUUGACGAGUUAGUGUUACCGAUGCGUCGCUUGGGAGUGGAUUUGUGCGAAUAUGUCGCGCUCAAAGCUAUUCUAUUUUUCAACCCAGCACUGCUGAAAGCGACAGCUGCGCAAAUCAUCAUUCUUGGUGUGGCGUAUCGAUCGCUGUCGUUGGAGAACUCGAUUUGUCUUGCCAACGACACCCUCAUUCCCAAGGAACAUGCUGCGAAUAUUGGUGACAUCAAUAGGGAAAAUGCAAAGGAGACAAGUCAGACGUUCUUCAGUUGUGUCGUUGGACGAAUUAUUGACGAGUUAGUGUUACCGAUGCGUCGCUUGGGAGUGGAUUUGUGCGAAUAUGUCGCGCUCAAAGCUAUUCUGUUUUUCAACCCAGUGGCAAGAGAUGUGAGUGACUCGAACACUGUCGAAAGUGCCCGCAUCGCAUGCUUACGUGCCAUCGAAAGACGAUGUCAACGUGCACCAGUGAUCUCAACGUCAGAAUGUCGGACGGGACGAUUACUGUUGAGGACGUACAGUUGGCUCGCCUGUUUGGUUUGGCCUAAUGUCGACUCGUUAAUGGAAGAACUGAUACUGCACGACGAGCGACCGGAUCGAGAUGUCCGGCAAAGUCUUGCAAGUCCAUGUCAGAUGACCGAAGCGAUGAUGUGA